CUACCGGUCUGACUAUUUCGAAUCACGCAGAUAAAACUUUGCAGUUGUUUUGCGAAGUGGAAUGAUGUGUAGUCUUCAUCAAUUGCAGGUUUUGGUUAUGAUUAUUUCCUUAUUGAGCUCCGUAACAUCAAGAACAUGUGGUAAUGGUUGGGAACAUGAGAAUGGAAGAUGUUAUAAAUUCGUUCGAUUCCGAACUAACUUCGUUGGAGCAAUGUAUUUCUGUAAACAACUUGGAGGAGGUCUGGCAGAAAUAGAUGACCAUAAUGAGUACAAGACCGUGGUACGCCUUGCAAAAGCCCGAACUUUUCCUGAUUUCUACAUUGGAUUGACAGAUGCAUUUUCAGAAGGAAAUUGGAUUCAAGCAAGUUCAUACAACUUCCAAACAUACUUCAUCUGGUCUCCGGGGGAACCAAAUAAUAAUAAUAGAAACCAGGAUUGUGUUCGGGUGCGCAGUCAUGAUUCAAAAAUGGAUGAUAUCAGUUGCAGCGCGCACAGACAUUUUGUUUGUGAAAAAUGAUUUGAAAUAUAUUUUG